AUUAAGUUUUAUCAAACGGGGCCUAAGACUUAAUAUGAUUUUCUUUACAUUUUUGUUUUAAUCUACACUUCUACAUAGACUUACAACCACAAUUAAGUUUUGAGAUUUGAAGGGUAUUAGUUUUAGGUUAGAAAAUCAAAAUAAACUUUUUAAAACUUGGGCUAGAAAAAGGAAUUCCCCGGGCAAAGCAUGAGUUUGACCCAACACUAAAGAAGCCGGAAAAUAGAGUCAAGGCUUGAGUAGAGUCAGCCCAAGUGGCCCAUGAUUAUAUAAUUUGAGUCUCUCCGAGGAGCGGUGGCUCUCUCUGCUCGGUGGACUGUGCUGGAAUGGCGGCGAGCUCCGGUGGUGUGAGCUUUGGAGCAUUGGUGACUUUGCAGGAACUUAAUGAUCCCACUUCUCCACAUUUCAAACAAGGCGCCUCGCUUCGAGUUACUGGCAAUUACUGUGUGUAGGCUACAAGAAUAUGACUUGGAGACUGCAAUCGCUUCGCUGGUUGAAGCAAACUCUUCCUUGAAGAUUGACACGCAGCAUUUGAAGGUCAAUCUUCGUGUGGGAUCCUUAUACCAAUUCAUAGGCGAAUUGCUAGUCAACUCCGAUAAUAAUGAAGCGAUUUUGAGGGCGCGGGUCGGUAGAAAUGUAGACGGCAUGGAUCUUAAUCUCUACCAUCAAUCUCUGCAACUUUUGAGAGAUUUCCAGGCUGAGCACAUUGACCACAAAACGGCUUAAAUCAUUAUCAGUUGUUUCGGUGGGCACAAUGUAAAUGAUGAUGUUGAGGAUUCAGUUUAAUUGAUCCCUUUGAUUUCGAUGAGUAUGCAAUUAGAGCUUUAGAUGGUUUUUGUCCAAUUUUUAGAAAUUGUAAAGUCAUAAUCCAUUCAACUAUUUUAAGGGGA